GUCGGCCCCCAUAGGAUGCGUGCUGUCUGUAUUUCAGGAAGCGUCUAAUCGCGAGUCUGAACUUGACAACAACUUGACAGAUCAGAGUAAGCUAUCAAGCAGUUGAGUUCGAGAGCCCACCGACUCAAGCCUUUUUUUUUCUCGAGCAGCAUGAAGAUGACUGAAGAAGGUGGUGAGGCAGGGACUUAUGUACCACAAGGCGAUGGACGUACCACCAGGAGGAAACCCGGAGACAGUGCCUGUAUGAUUCUACUCAAGUUCAUUGUGAUUGUUGGGUUCGUGAUAUUCCUGGUCGCAACAAUCGUCCUCUUAUUUGACAGAAUUAACACCAAAGGAAGUAGUGGAUAUGAAGAUGCCAUAUGUUUGUCUGAACAAUGCGUCCAGUCAGCUGCCAUGUUACAGACGAAUAUGGACAAAUCAGCCAAGCCCUGCGAUGAUUUCUACGACUUUGCCUGCGGUGGCUGGGCCAAGAAACACGUAGUAACGGGGGAUCAAACAAGCUUUGGUCAGUUCGCCAAACUUCAAGAGGCAACGAGCAUGAAACUCAAAGGACUGUUUGAAAGAGAUCCGAAAUCAAACGAGCCCGCAUCUUUCAAGAAAGUCAGGGAUUUCUACCAUGGGUGUAUGGACACAGAAACAAUCGAUAACCUGGGCAAGGCACCAAUGAUAGAGAUGUUAACCAGUCUCGGUGGCUGGCCAGUCCUCGAAACAAACCCUGGUGGCAACUGGAACCAAAGUGCCUUCAGCUUCGAGCGACUGUUGGCGACUCUAAUUGGGCAGUACGACACUUAUCCCAUCAUAUCUGUCUUUGUGGAAACGGAUGACAAGAAUUCUAGUGAAUAUGUUUUGCAGAUGGAUCUGCCGGGUUUUGAUGUGCCAAGCUUAGUCAGUGAUAAAGACACCCGUCAAAACCGGAUUAAGUCUUUGAUUCCUGAGCAGCCUCAGUAUGAUCCUGGAUACAGAAACUUAGUUGGCAAAGGAACAGAGUACUCAGCGGCCAGAAAGGCAUACCUGAAGUACAUGGUUGAUACCGUAGUCGCUCUCGGUGGGAACAAAACGACUGCAAUCGAGCAGAUGAAUGAGACUAUGGAAUUUGAAAUAGAGUUGCAGAAGAUCAGAGACACUACGGAUCCGGAUCAAAACUAUAAUGAGACCACAAUAGAAGAGAUGGGAAUCACCUACCCUGAAAUUGAUUGGGAGCUGUUCUUUGAACACGUCAUGCCAGAGACUAUGACUCCACCAGUGACACCAUCUGAACGGAUCAUUGACUACGCAGGGGGACCCACUGGUUACUUCACGCAUGUAAUCAGAUUGCUGGCGGCAGAGGAUAGAUUUAGAAGCAGGGUGACAGCCAAUUACAUGCUCUGGCGACUUGUGGAAAAAAUGGUUUCGAACCUUGGAAGUGAGUUUACGGAUAUAGUGCAGGAAUACAAAAUGGCGACCCGGGGAACAACUAAAGAGCUCCCACGAUGGAAGACGUGCUCGUGGAACACAAAUGCUGUACUUUCUUUCGCCUCUGGGAGGAUGUUUAUUGAUGAGUACUUUCCCGAAACCGCCAAGGAAAAGACGAAGGAGAUGGUUCAUAAACUCUUAGACGCCUUUAAAGUCAUGUUGGAUAGUAACGAGUGGAUGCAGGAUGCGGAUAAGAAGGAAGCACGUGCAAAGGCAGAUAAGAUGGAAAUUGACAUCGGUUUCCCAGAAUGGAUGAAGAACAAUGCUAAAAUGGACGCCAAGUACAAGGACAUUAAUACUACGAAGGAAAACGGAUUUGCAAACUUAUUAUCGUACUACAAAUGGAGGUCAAGAGAAGAUCUGCAAAUUCUGCGACGCCCGGUCGACAAGAACGAGUGGAGGAAGGGACCUGCUACUAUAAAUGCAUUCUACAUCGGUUCAUCGAAUAAGAUGCAGUUUCCAGCAGGUAUUCUCCAACCGCCAUUCUACCACCAAGACCUUCCAUGGUAUUUCAAUUAUGGAGGGAUAGGAACAGUCAUCGGUCACGAAAUAACUCAUGGGUUUGAUACAGAAGGAAGGACUUACGACAAAGAUGGGAACCUCAGGACCUGGUGGAGUGAGAAAUCUAUCGAUAGUUUCAAUAACCAGACUCAGUGUAUGGUGGAGCAGUAUUCAAAAUUCGCCUUGCCGGACACAGAGACACAUCUCGAUGGCGAACGUACUUUGGAUGAAAACAUUGCUGAUAAUGGAGGAGUCAAGGAAGCUUAUCUGGCCUUCAAAGAUAGCUCACCAAAUGAACCCCUUCUACCCGGUGUGGACUACACUCAGGAUCAAGUCUUCUUUAUCUCAUACGCUCAGAUUUGGUGUUGCAUUUUUACUCCAAAAGGUGCACUUCACUCGAUUUCCCGCAAAUCACACUCCUUGGAGCCAUUUAGACCUGUCGGCACUCUGCAGAACAAUGAUGACUUCUCAAAGACCUUCAAUUGUGCGGCAGGGAGUUACAUGAACCCUACUGAGAAAUGCAAAGUCUGGUAAUCAGUGUGGACGCCAGGCUAUAUGUCACGAAAUAACCACCUUAAAAAUGAACCCUACUGAGAAAUGUAAAGUCUGGUAAUCAGUGUGGACGCCAGGCUAUAUAUGUCACGAAACGACCACCGAUAGUUGUAUUUUAUUGUAAUAAGCCUUAUAUUAAUCUUCUUUUUAAUUAUCAAUAACUGAGGUGUUUUAGCUAAAAGGUAAAGUUUUCAAACAUGAUUGUUGGAAGAACAUUUUAUAUAGUAAAUAUUGACUCGAAAACAAGUGCCGAAACGUUGUUUACUUUUAUUAAUUUUUUGUUCGCAUUUAUAAUUUUAAUUGUUUUUUAAUAACAAACUAUUUUUUACAAUUUAAAAUGUGCAGUGAAUAUAUGGAGAAUAUGAUUCUUGUUUCAAUAUAAAAAAGUGCAUUCGUUUUGGGUUGAACAUGGCCAUUUUUGUCCACCAUUUUGUGGGCUGGAUGGCUCAUAAGUAGAGCGACUCCCAGCCUCGGUUUGGACUCCAGAUUCUGCUUGGUAUCUGUCAAAGAGCAGUGUGCGUUUUGAUAUUUCUGUAUAAUUAUGCAAGUAACAUAAACAAAUUAUUCAUAAUAUUUUAGGCAGGAAAUUUAUAAGACAUAAAUAUUAAAUAUAAUCGGGAGUAAACAAUAUAUAUUUUUAAAUAAUUAAUGGUAUAUUUUGUAAUUAUCUUUGCAAACUGAUGUUGAUACACUUAUUUGAUGGCAUUAUAAACUGAGAAUAAAGUGUUAAUGACGCAAUGCCGAUGCAGUGA